UUUAACAAGAGAGCUGCUCAGCCGUCAGCACAACACUAGAGCGCCACUGUGUUCAGGACAAAAACCCUACGCCUCUUUUUCUGUCAUCCUGCGAACUACGACGGCGAGAAAUGCCUCCCAAAGCAGCAAAAUCGAAGGAAGCACCGGCCGAGAGGCCGAUCCUUGGCCGAUUCUCAUCCCACCUCAAGAUUGGAAUUGUUGGGCUGCCUAAUGUUGGCAAAUCUACUCUUUUCAACACGCUUACCAAAUUGGCUAUACCUGCGGAGAACUUCCCCUUUUGUACUAUUGAGCCUAAUGAGGCCCGGGUGAAUGUCCCCGAUGAGCGGUUUGAAUGGCUUUGUCAAUUAUACAAGCCAAAAAAUGAGGUUUUAGCUUUCCUAGAAAUCCACGAUAUAGCUGGAUUGGUUAGAGGUGCACAUCAAGGUCAAGGGUUGGGAAACAGUUUUCUAUCCCAUAUUCGAGCUGUUGAUGGAAUUUUUCAUGUUUUACGUAAGAUAUCUAUCUUUAAGUAA